AUGGGGACGUUUCAACAAAGGCCGAUAACCAUCGUCCGCGAUGCUAUGCGGGCCCCAGCGCCGUCACGCUUGACGGGAAGCGCACCCGUUCGCCAUGGGCACAGUGAAAGCGAUGCUAUCGCGGCGCGUUAUCCCUCGCUCGUGUCGCGCGAUCGUCCGAUUGUCGCCGCAAAGACGCCGCCAGGUUUGUACUUCGCCGCGCACGAUCCGUUCCCCAGCUUAAUAUUCCCUGAUAGAAGUCGCGCGCGGUGUCGCCGAUUCCCGCUCUCCGUGGACACCGGCCCUUUUGUCUUUUUCGAAGGCAACCUU